AUGAACUCUACCACUUUGCACUCGAGCCCCGUCAAGGAUGGUAGACGCAUUCUCGGUGAAAAGACCGUCAACGCGUGUCUGUCCCCUCAUCGACAUGUCUCGCCUAUUAAACACUCGUUUCUCGAUAUCUCCUCACCCAAGAAGCAAUUGCUCCCUUCGCCGUCUUUUGCUGGUCAAAAACGCUCCAUUGACCAAGUGGAUCACGGGGUGUCUGCAAACAAAGACUCGCUACGCGUUCGCGACGAAGCUGUCACGGUCCAGGCGAUUGGUCGGGCACCCGCGACUGAACCCCGAGAGACCAACCCAGAGCCCACCAAGUCACAAACACACGAGCAAACCAAACCAACGCUAGAACCCGAAUCAAGCAAACCCUCUCAGGAAGAAUCACGAUCAACAACGCGUCCGGUGCCUGAGGACCCCGAGACGCGAAAGUUGUUUAUCCAACAGAAAGCCAGCCUUCUCCGAAACCGAAUUCAAAGCGCCAUGCGCAAUGUUCGAGACCCUCAAUUCGACCGCCGACUCUCCGAGCUGGAAGCCCACAGCCGCAAAUUACCCCGAUUGUCGUUACCCGAAGCCUCCACCCGGAGUCCACUCGUCAAAGAGGACCCCGCCGCCAGCUCCAGCUCCCCGUCUUCUACUCCUCGAGCCCUUCCGCCCUCCCAGGUGCUCAACCACUCCUCCGAGACUACGGCCCCUCCUCCCUCAUCGGGCCUCUCGUCUCCGCCCCUGUCGGCGGGGAACGCUCACGCCCAGGAUGACCCCAUGAAAACGCCGACGCAGAAGACCCACCGUCGCGCAGAUACCGCGGGAUCCCCGAUGCAGCUGAGCAGUCCUCCCGCGAGCGCCUCACGGGGCGGAAGAGCCAUGCGGACCCCGACAGCAGCAGAGUCGAGUCAGCAAGAGGAUGCCGCACGAGAGCAACGGUUCGUCACGCCAGCUCAAAGAGGAGACGCCGUGGACGGACUUCUGAAGCUCAUGAGCACGGGGGAGAAACGCGAUGUUUCAAGCCCUUGGGCGGGCUCUGUGAAUUCCGGCUAA